ACUAGUUAAUUCAACUACUUUGUAGUCCUUACAUGUCUUUAUGCUUUUAAAUUUAUUGUCUCACAAGAUGUCCUUCAGAGUUCAGGGGACGUUUUCCAGAACUCCCAGCCCUCCAAUCUAGGUUUAAUUCCUUGUUUUUGUGCAACCACAGAGUCCACAGACAUACUUCAAAAAUGACAUUGAAUAUACAUAAUAAUAAUAUACUGUUGACUUCUUUAUUCUCCCCAUCUGAUUUUAAUUCCCAUGAGACCAUGGAUGGUGUACUAUUCGCCCCUAGUGUCCAUUAUAUUCUCUAGUACAGAGAAGAUACUUAAUAAUUUUUGGUUGGUAAAUAAAUGAAUAAAUUGUUUCUGUAUGUAUUCUAAUUUAUAUGAAAGAGGUUAUUCUAAUAGGGAUAUGAACAUUAAUCAAAUGAUUGAAUGCUAACACUAUUUUAUUUGUGUUUUUUCCUACAGGCUCUUAAAUCUGAUCUACAAUGGAAAAAUUUCUUUUUUAUCUGUUUUUCAUUGGCAUAGCAGUGAGAGCUCAGAUCUGUCCAAAGCGUUGUGUCUGUCAGAUUUUGUCUCCUAAUCUUGCAACCCUUUGUGCCAAGAAAGGGCUUUUAUUUGUUCCACCAAACAUUGACAGAAGAACUGUGGAACUGCGAUUGGCAGACAAUUUUGUUACAAAUAUUAAAAGAAAAGAUUUUGCCAAUAUGACCAGCUUGGUGGACCUGACUCUAUCCAGGAAUACAAUAAGUUUUAUUACACCUCAUGCUUUUGCUGACUUACGAAAUUUGAGGGCUUUGCAUUUGAAUAGCAACAGAUUGACUAAAAUCACAAAUGAUAUGUUCAGUGGGCUUUCCAAUCUCCAUCAUUUGAUACUGAACAACAAUCAACUGACGUUAAUUUCCUCUACGGCAUUUGAUGAUGUCUUUGCCCUCGAGGAGCUGGAUCUGUCCUAUAAUAAUCUAGAAACAAUUCCUUGGGAUGCUGUUGAGAAGAUGAUUAGCUUGCACACUCUUAGUCUGGAUCACAAUAUGAUUGAUAACAUCCCUAAGGGGACAUUCUCCCACUUGCACAAGAUGACUCGGCUAGAUGUGACGUCAAAUAAAUUGCAGAAGCUACCGCCUGACCCUCUCUUUCAGAGAGCUCAGGUCCUAGCAACCUCAGGAAUCAUAAGCCCGUCUACUUUCGCAUUAAGCUUUGGUGGAAACCCUUUGCAUUGCAAUUGUGAGUUGCUGUGGUUGAGACGUCUGUCCAGAGAAGAUGACCUAGAGACCUGUGCUUCUCCUGCACUUUUAACUGGUCGCUAUUUUUGGUCAAUUCCUGAAGAAGAGUUUUUGUGUGAGCCUCCUCUCAUUACUCGCCAUACACAUGAGAUGAGAGUCCUGGAAGGUCAAAGGGCAACACUGAGGUGCAAAGCCAGGGGAGAUCCUGAACCUGCAAUUCAUUGGAUUUCUCCAGAAGGGAAGCUUAUUUCAAAUGCAACUAGAUCUCUGGUGUAUGAUAAUGGAACACUUGACAUUCUUAUAACAACUGUAAAGGAUACAGGUGCUUUUACCUGCAUCGCUUCCAAUCCUGCUGGGGAAGCAACACAAACAGUGGAUCUUCACAUAAUUAAACUCCCUCACUUACUAAACAGUACAAACCACAUCCAUGAGCCCGAUCCUGGUUCUUCAGAUAUCUCAACUUCUACUAAGUCAGGUUCUAAUGCAAGCAGUAGUAAUGGUGAUACUAAAACAAGUCAAGAUAAAAUUGUGGUGGCAGAAGCAACAUCAUCUACAGCACUACUUAAAUUUAAUUUUCAAAGAAAUAUCCCUGGAAUACGGAUGUUUCAGAUACAGUACAAUGGUACUUAUGAUGACACCCUUGUUUACAGGUAAGAAAUUUUACACACAUUUUUAUAUUUGCCAUGCAUUUUAGCACAGGGGUUGCUAAUGUAUUACUGAUUUUUUUUUUUAAUAGUAGUGCUAUUCUGUAUUGUAAUUACAGCACUCCAUUUUUUAAAGUGUAUAAUGUAAGGCUUCUGAAAGGUGAAUACAUGUGGGGAAAUAUUUUGAAUGGUGUUAUUUUUAGAUUUCAACUUUAUAUUUAUCAUGCUUACUUUUCUUCCCCUCAUCUAAGAGAUGUGACUAUCAGAGAACAAGAUCGAUAUAUUUAAAAAUUCAAAAACAUACCAGAACU